UCUCUUCCCUUGUAAAGUCAGCGCUGUCCUUUGUUCCCCUUCUCUCUCUCUCUCUGUCUCUCUCUCUCUCUCUCUCCCCUCUUCUCUCUUCCCUGCCCAAACGGGAGUAGCAGGAGGAGGGUGGCAAUCAUCGCGAGGACAGUCUGUGUGAGUUCCAAGCAGAGAAGAGCUCCGUAAAUUUCUCGACAUGGGCGAUGACUGGGAUCUGCAAGCGGUGGUGAGAGGAUGUUACACCAACGCUACCACCAUGGCCACCGCCAUGACCACCAUAACAACCGUCGCCCCAACCACCAGUGCCGCCAUCUCUAUGGAAGAGACUUCUUACUCUUCCUCUUGCUUGCCUCCUCCUAUGAAUCUGUACCAAGAUGACCACCAACUCCUCUGUUUCCCCAAUCUUGAGACCCGGACGCCUCUUGGGGAUUUAGAAGCACUCUAUAAGCCUUUUUUCCCCAAAUUCGAACCUCUCUCCGCACAUGGCAUCUCCACUUCAUCCCUUCUCGCCCAUGGAGGAUUCAAAGAUCCGCUGCAGCAACAACAACAACAACAAAGUAAACCACAACAGCAACAAAAGCAAUCUCCGCAGUGUCUAACAGUGCCUACCGCAGCUGCCGCUGCCGCUGCGACCACUACUACAAGUCAUUCUCAGACCCCUCGAUCGAAAAGAAGGAAGAAUCAGCAGAAGAAGGUGGUUUGCCAGGUACCUGCCGAAGGUCAAUCUUCGGAUAUGUGGGCUUGGCGUAAAUAUGGCCAGAAACCCAUCAAAGGAUCUCCUUACCCUAGGGGUUACUACAGAUGUAGCAGCUCAAAAGGGUGCUUAGCCAGAAAACAAGUUGAGCGGAGCCGCUCAGAUCCAGGAAUAAUGAUUAUCACCUACACAAACGAGCACAACCACCCAGUUCCUACCCACCGGAACUCCCUUGCCGGCAGUACUCGCCACAAGUUUCCUACACCUCAGCGAUCCACUGGUGAUGAACCCGGAACACCCACCAACAAACCUUCGUGUUCUUCCCCUGCAUCAACGACCGGUCUCUCUCCGACAACCCCUUUAAGUACUGCCACCAUGGAAGACGAGCUUCUUCAACAGUUCAAGCAAGAGAGCAGGGAAGAUGAAGAGGAAGAAAUGAUUGAGGACAACGAAGAAGACGGCGAUCUUUUUAUCCCCGACAUGGGAGACGAUUUCUUCGCGGGUCUCGAUGAACUCACCGGAACAACCAGCGGCGACACCUUGGAUGAUUGCUUUUCUGACCACCUUCCUUCAACUUUUCCGCCUCAUUGGCUCUCUCAUAACGCCACCACCGCCGCUGGUGGCAGCUGAAACGCCGGAAUAAUCGCCCACCGACAUUGGAUACUGAUAAACUUUCCAUAUUUUUUUCUUUUUGCCCCCCAGUGAGAGAAUCUCUGUUCUCGUCGCUUUCUAGUCCUCACCAAGAAUUCCAGACUUGUUUUAUAAAACACCCACCAUUACAAAGAGCAUAGAAGAGUGAUCCCAAGCUCAUUAUGAUGAAUUAGCAGUCAAGAUCCACUGUAAAAUGUAAAAUCAUACCAAAGGUCAACGAAGAUACUUCCAUAGAUCA